GAUGCCGCCAACCGCCCUUUCGAAGGCUUCUUCUCGAGGAGGAGAAGUCGUUGCAGCUGAAAAUAUCCAUCUACUUUGAGAAUCCUCUAACCUUUGUGCUUGGAGAAAGAAGGAUCAGCCCUGCACUGCGAUGUCGUCAUGGAUACUAGCAGGCUUGGGAUCGUUCGGAUCGUCCUGCAUCGAGAGCUUGAUAGGUAAGAUCACCAACUGUUUGAUCGAAAGAGUUUCGGAGGAUCCCGGAGUCGCUGACCUCCACAAGCUGAGGAACACUCUUUCAGAGACUGAGCGCAUCAUCGGCACAGUCGAGAACAGGUGGAUUAAAGAUGAAGGCACGAAAAAGCGAUUGAAGGAAUUGCUGAUGAAACUGAAGGACACUGUUUAUGACGCUGACGACUUGCUUGAUGAGAUCCAGUUCAGGGUUCUGAAGCAACAGAUCGAGCAACAAGGAGCUCAGGGGCAUGAGGCAAGUAACCAAUCAUCUUCUUCUUCUGAUCUCCCUUCGAGUAAAAAAAGAAAAAUUUCUGAACGUGUCAGUCGCUUCUUCGGUAGAGAAUAUGAUGUGAUUAGAGUGAGGAAAAUUCAGAUGAAGUUAGAUAAAUAUACUACUGAGAUCAAGCAUUUCAUUGAUAAAUUAGAUGAUGAUGAGAAACAGAUGAUAACGUCAGUAGUGCCUCGAACCACCACUUCCUUUCCGAUAGAAACUCAAGUAUUCGGACGAGACGAACAGCUGAAUCAACUUCUGGAACAGUUGAUGAAAUCUGCCGAUGGAUCCGGAUCCAGCAACAGUAGCAUCUCUACCUUGACUAUUGUUGGGAUCGGCGGGGUCGGAAAGACUACUCUUGCUCAGCAAGCCUACAACCACGAGAGGGUGAAGGACUAUUUUCAUCAUAAGGUCUGGCUCUGUGUAUCCGACAACUUCAACGUGGAGAGGCUUACCAAAGAGAUCAUAGAAUACAUAACCGAGAAAAAGUGUGAUGUCAGCAACCUUGAUAAACUUCAAAAGGUUCUUAAGAAGAAGUUGACCUCAAAAAGGUUCCUGCUUGUCCUCGACGAUGUGUGGAACGAGGACAGCCUGAAAUGGAAAAGAUUUUGUGCACCAUUGAGGCACGGAGAACCAGGAAGCAAGAUUUUGGUUACAACUCGCUCUAAAAAGAUUGCAGACAUGGUUGGCAAUCCGUUCCCUCUAGAUGUUCUGGAUGACGCCAGCUAUUGGGAAUUUUUCAAGCAAUGUGCAUUUGGUUCCAAAUACGACGGUGAAUAUCCACAGCUAGAAACCAUAGCAGAGAAUAUCGUUUACAGGUUGAAUGGGUUGCCACUUGCGGCGAUAACGGUAGGCGGGUUGUUGAAGGCGCAGAUGAAUGAGAAGCACUGGAGAAACAUCGCAGGGAGUGAAAUCUGGCAACUACAGCAAGACGAAGAGGGUGUCCUGCCAGUCCUACAAUUGAGCUAUCAAUGUCUUCCCUCACACCUUAAGCGGUGUUUUGUUUUCUGUUCCCUCUUCCUCAAAGAUCAUCCGUUUGAUGAACGAGACUUGAUCCGACUUUGGAUGGCAGAAGGCUACGUUGCUCAAGACAACAAUAUGACGAUGGAGGAUACAGGAAGCCGCUACUUCCUCGACUUAGUGAACAGGUCUUUCUUUCAAGAAGCUCAUUGGGGAUCGGCAUAUGUGAUGCAUGAUCUCAUACAUGAUCUUGCUCAAUUUAUUUCAGAGGGGGAGUUUUGCGGGAUCGAUGAUGAUGAGUGGAAAGAGAUCCCUAAUACGACUCGUCAUCUGUCAGUAACAGUAAUCGAUGAAACUAAGUUACCGGAGUUUUACUGUUAUGAAAAAUUACGGACCCUCAUGAUCAAUUAUAAAAUUCGUUGGUAUGUCGAUAGCUCUUUGUUCCUCCGGUUUGAAAGAUUAAAAAAUAUUCGAGUGUUGAUAUUACAAAGCUGUGGCUUGCGGGAGUUGCCUGAGACAAUUGGUGGCUCGAUACAUCUCCGCUACCUUGACAUAUCCCAUAACCUUUUAUUUUGGAGGUUGCCGGAGUCAUUAUUUGGUCUUUACAAUUUGCGAGUGCUGAAUCUGUUGGAAUGUGGACUACAGAGUUUACCGUACGGCAUGAGCAAGUUGAUCAACUUGAUGCAUCUUAAUGCAGCAGACGAAAUAAUUUCCAAGAUAAAUAAUGUUGGGAAGCUGACUUCUCUUCAAGGAUUGUCUUCAUUCAAAGUACUCAAGGAUCAGGGACACAAGAUUGCUCAAUUAGACGGUCUGACACAUCUUCAUGGAGAACUUCGAAUUACCAACCUUGAGAACGUUGAAAGUAAACAAGAAGCAAGCAAGGCUAAUUUGAACAACAAACAGUACCUUGAUGCACUGGCCCUAGAAUGGACAUCGGAUGAUGGCUCCAGUUUGGACGGCAAUGAAUUAGUUGUGUUGGAGGAGGUAUUCGAAGGUCUCCAACCACAUCAGGCUCUCAAAAGUUUGACGAUCAGAGGGUAUAAUGGUGUCAGAUCACCCAGUUGGCUUCAGGCACAAUCGUUAACGAAUCUGGGAACUCUUAGAUUGAAAAACUGCAAAGCAUGGAAGGAUCUUUCAUGCAUUGGACAGCUACCGAAUCUCAAGAACCUUUACGUGGAGGGAAUGCCUGCAGUGAAACAAAUAAGUCAUGAAUUAAGUACAGAGAGCAAGUUCUUGCCUAAGGUUCUUCGCAUCGGGAGAAUGCCAGCAGUGAAGAAGGCGGGCUGUGGAUCCUUCGGUUCUAGAGACCAAGGCAAGUGUUUUCCUAGCUUGGAGGAGCUCACGUUCAGGGACAUGCCAGAAUGGGAAGAGUGGUCUUGGGCUGAUGGCCGACAGCUGUUUCCGUACUUGCAAAAUCUUAAAAUUGUACAAUGCCCGAGGCUUAAGAGGAUGCCUCCCCUCCCUCCUUCACUUAAAUCACUGUCAUUAUGUCAAGUCGGGUUGACAGAAGUUCCAAGAUUAUGGGAAGAAAUCGAUGAAAGUAGCAGCAGUAUGACCGUUUCAGAAUUGAAAAUAUAUAGUCUUGAAAAGGUCGAGAUGGAGGACAUCCCAAAAUGUGAGGGACUCCCUUGUCUUGAUCAACUGCCGAGUCUGAAGAUUCUUCGCAUCGAAAGAAUGCCAGCUGUGACGAAGGUGGGCUAUGGAUUCUUUGAUUCUAGAGACCAACGUAAGUAUUUUCCUAGCUUGGAGGAGCUCACGUUCAGGGACAUGCCAGAAUGGAAAGAGUGGUCUUGGGCUGAUGGUCGACAGCUGUUUCCCUGCUUGCGAAAACUUGAAAUUAAAAGAUGCCAAGGCUUAAAAGGAUGCCUUCCCUCCCUCCUUCACUUGAGUCACUGUCAUUAUGUCAAGUCGGGUUGACAGAAGUUCCAAGAUUAUGGGAAGAAAUCGAUGGAAGUAGCAUCGGUAUCACUAUUUCAGAAUUGAAGAUAUAUAGUCUUCUAGUGGUUGAGCUGGAGGACAUCCCAGAAUGUGAGGAACUCCCUUGUCUUGGACAACUGCUGAGUCUCAAGGUUCUUCGCAUCGAUAGAAUGCCAGCAGUGAAAAAGGUGGGCAAUGAAUUCUUUGGUUCUAGAGACCAAAGCAAGUGUUUUCCUAGCUUGAAGGAGCUCACGAUCAGGGACAUGCCACAAUGGGAAGAGUGGUCUUGGGCUGAUGGCCGACAGCUGUUUCCCUGCUUGCGAGAACUUGAAAUUGUACGGUGCCCGAGGCUUAAGAGGUUGCCUCACCUCCCUCCACUCAAAACAUUAAGACUAUGUGAAGUCGGAUUGACAGAAGUUGCAGGGUUACGGGAAGGAAUCCAUGGAGGCGGCAGUUGUGUAACUGCUUCUCGUUCAUCAUUGGAAAUAAAUCAAUGUCCAAAUCUAAGAAAUCUGCAAGAAGGGUUGCUAUCGCACAGCUUCCCAAAUAUCGGUGACAUUGCGAUAUUGGAAUGCGCGGAACUCGUGUUGCUGCCGGUGAAGGAGUUUAAAGAACUCACCUCCCUUGAGAAGUUGUCAAUCCGCAGUUGCCCGAAGCUCUUGAGCAAGACGCGAGAUGGGGACAAUAACAUCUGCCUCCCACCCUCGAUCGAGGAACUAGUGCUGUCUGACUGUGGGAAUCUGGGAAAAUUGCUACUGGGCUGCCUGCACAACUUGACCUCACUCACUCGAUUGGAAAUAGGCGACUGCCCGUCCAUAGAAUCUCUUCCUGAAACGUCGCUGGUUCACCUGAAACGACUUGAAUAUCUGAAGAUUUGGAAAUGUGGUGAGUUGAGAUCAAAAGACGAGUUGUUGCUGAAUGAAGGGAAUAAGCAAGUGGAGGGUUCGUCGGUGAGUCAAUUAUGCAUCGACGACACAGCCCUGUUCAAACUAUCGCUCUUACGAAGGACACUUCCAUCCGUCCGUGCUCUCAAAAUCUCAAACUUUCCUCGAGCGACGAUGUCUGGUGAGGAGGAGCAGUUGUUGCGAAGCCUCACAGCUCUCAGAUCGCUAGAAUUCUUGGAUUGCAAGAAUCUACAAUCGCUACCGACAGAGUUGCAUGCCCUUCCCUCCCUCCGGCUUUUAGCAAUAUUUGGAUGUCCGGAGAUUCAGUCGCUACCUGAGAAGGGGCUGCCGACGUCCCUCAGGAAUCUAAUUUUCAUUGGCUGCCAUCCGAUGCUGAGUGAGCAGCUGAAAAAGCAUUUGGACGAGAUGAAGAGCUCGGGUCGAUUUUUGCCUGUUGACCAAUUGGAGAUACAUGAAGAUAAAAGGAGUAGCUCUAGAUAUGAAGAAGAAGAAGAAGAAGAAGAAGAAGAAGAAGAAGAAGAAGAAGAAGAAUUGUCCGAGUAACAGUAUUGUACAUUUAGAUUACUUUGUAUAUGUGCUAUUUAGACAUCAAUAUUAUGAACUUUUAAGAAGUUAUUGAAUUUGAUGUGAUAUUUCGACUUGAAUAUUAUGAACUUUUAAGGAGUUAUUGAAUUUGUUGUAUGUGUUGUGAGUGGAUUGAUUAUAGAUUGAAAUAUGUAAUAAAUGUUAUAUGAAAUUUAUUUGUUUAUAUUUUUUACCUUA